AUGUCUGCGAAGCAGCGCUUGCAAGAACUCUUCGCCAAGUAUGAUACCAACGGGGAUGGCACCUUGACUGAAGAGGAGGUGACGCCUCUCUUCAUUCGCUUCGGAAUGACGAGAGGUCAGCUGAAGGCACUGCUGCAGGAUUUCGACAAGAACAAGGAUGGGAUUAUCCAGAUCCAUGAGUUCCUUGCGUGGCUCACGGCGGAAAAACCCCAAGUGAUGAUCAGCAAAAAUCCCUGGGAUGGUAAAGACAUCGAUACCAAUUUCUCGGUGCGGAUUCUGAACACCUCGGAUCGUGUGGGGAAGAAGUUCCACUUCUACUUCAAGAAGUGUGAAAACAUGGCCUUUCCUGAAGGGAAUCCAUGUGUCUUCACCGUGGGUCCCGGGCAAGAAAUGAAGGACAAAGUGAUUAUGACGGUCGAAAAGGUUCCAUUCAGCUAUCGGUUACCCUCUUGGACUGCGCGUUCGGCCUUCUCUGGGGUUGAGGAUGAUGUUAGCAAGGCUUUUGUAGACCCAGACUUUCCCCACGAAGCCAGCAGCGUGGGUUCGUCCAAAACGGAUUUCCGCUGUGAGCAGCCGGACCUCUGGAUGCGCGCGCGGAUGUUGGGGGAUCCUUCGGAGGCUGUCUUGUUCGAUCAAGUGCGGCCGCAAGAUAUCGACCAAGGAGGUCUGGGAGAUUGUUGGCUGAUGGCAGCCUUGGCGUGUUUGGCUGAGUACCCAGCCAAGCUCAAGGGCCUCUUCGAGAGCAAACACAUCACCGAGGAUGGCAAGUAUCAAAUCUCCCUCUUCGAUGUGGAGAAGAUGGAAUGGACUCCUGUGAUCGUGGAUGAGUUUGUGCCAUGCAAAAUCCGCCGGGGUGAGCCGGCGCCUUGUUUUGCGGAACCCUUGGGGGAAGAACUCUGGGUGCAACUUUUAGAGAAGGCAGUAGCCAAGUGGUGUGGUAGUUAUGGCAUGCUUUCAGGCGGUUUCGUGGCUUGGGCAUUUCAGUUACUGACUGGCGAGGCCGACCCAGUGAGCUAUCGCAGGUACAAGGACAACAGUUGGAAACGUCGAUAUCUGGGUCGAAAGGCGCAGAUUCAGAUGGGUGCCAGGUCUCCUAGACAUGCGCCCUUCUACUACUCUAAGGACAAGCCCGUGCCCAUGGAUGACUUCUUCCACGUCAUGAAAGAGCACAUUGACAACCACCAUGUGAUCGCUGCCAGUAUGGACGGAAGUCCUGAAAAAACCGAGGAAGCGAGGGGCAAUGGUCUCUACACCCGCCACGUCUAUUCCAUUCUAAACCUCCUGGAUGAAGAGCUUGAUGCUGGUGGCAGGGUCAAGUUGAUCCAACUUCGAAACCCCUGGGGAAAUUGUGAGUGGACCGGUGACUGGAACGAUUGUAAGGGCGCCCAGAAGUGGGUGGAGAAUCCCAAGCUUUGGGAGAAAAUCAAUCCGCCUUCCAAAAACGAUGGCAGCUUCUACAUGCCUUGGGAAGAUUUUGCCAAGAUCUAUGACAACAUCACCAUUUGUCCAGUGGGCGCUGUGAAGAUCCCCGCGGCCGAAGAGGAUCCGGAUGCCGAGGAGGCCACGGACGAUCCCGCCGACUGA